CUCUCCCAGCCCUAGAAUGACUUCAAUCUCCUUUGUACGUGCCACGCGGCAGAAGUCACAAACGCGCCAUGGAUUUCCCAUUGGAGUUGUUCAAUCCUCUCUUCGAAACAAGAACACUGCUCUUAAAAUCUUAAAUCCACUCCUCCCGAUCCCGUCUUCCGCCUCUUCUUGACGAUCUUAUCGCACGGAAUGGAGCAGUGCGUCGGUUUCUUCUCGUAUGACUUCGAUGAGAGAGAGAAAGAGGUUGCUGGAAUCCUUUGCCAACUCCGCCAGCUUAUCCUCGAAAAAGACUCAUCUCAAAAAGGUCGGGACUCUCCUUUCUAUGUUACACCCAAUUGGGGUGCCAAGAGAAGGCGAUCUGCAAUCGACGUGAGCCCUUCUCCUCCUCAUCCUUCUCUCUUCACUCACCCAACUCCUGCGCCUCUCCACCGUCCUUCGCACAAUGGCGAGAGCCCAUCCUUUAGGGUCGAGUCCCCGAGUCCUGCAACUCCUCUUUCGUUCUCGCCCGGUGAGUCAGAAAAAAGGCCGCCGAAGCCCUUCAAAAGAAAAUCCUCAAAGAAGAAGACGAGGGAAGAAUUGCUUCACACUGUAGUCCUUCUAUCAGAAAACCUAGAAUUUCUAAAGCAGGAGAUUCCAAAGACGGUUGCUCACCACAAUAUGCUGCUUGACAAGAAUUUGAAGUUAAAAGCAAGAAAAUUAGAGCUCGAGAAGCUUCAAAGGAAGCGAGAUGAGCCUAAUCAUUCCAUCACAAUAACCAGUUCCGAUUCAUCAUUCAAAACAACUGAACGCUUAGCCUCCUCUCUCGCUUCAAAGGAAGAAGAAGACGACGACGACGACGACGAAGCAGAGGAAGAGGAAGAAGGGCAACUACCACAUUCCCAAAAAAUAGAAGAAAACCAAUUACCUUGGCCACAAAUAGAGGAAGAGGAACGACCCUUCACCGUUCAUCAACCAAAACCGCUCUCUGAUCCAUCAACAUCUGGAUCUGAAAUCUCCAGGUAUUCGCAGCAUCCGUGUGGCCGAAUGCCACCUCUUAUAUCAACCAGAAUUGGGUGGAGCAUUUCCAAGAAUUUAAGCCCAAUUGGUAUCGUCGAUCUCAAUUACCCGGCAGAGGAGGCACUAAGGUGGGACUUUAUGAAUUCCAUUGAGCUAGACAGGGCAGCCGUCGCUGCUCUGGCUAGAAAGAAAAGGAUUGAGAUCAACAGGGCCAAAACCUCCAUGGCCUCUCUAAAAUCACGUUGCAAAUGAAGAUAGGUUUUGCUUCUUCUUUUCGCUCUUUCAUAUUCUUUAUCAAUCAUACAUACUGAUAAUUGCUUAAGCUUAUAAAGAGAGCAUGAGUCAGAUGAGAGAUUACCAUUCUUAGUUUGAGGCUUCAAAAAAAAAAAAAAAAGAAAAGAAGAAAUCUUCUUGGUUUUGUACUUUUGUUUCUGCUUUUCUUUUUUUUUCUUUUUUUUUAUUUUUGGGAAUGAGUCGUUGGAGAAGCUCUCAAUUGUAAUAUAAAGAGGAUUAUCAGGCGGGGACUUUUCAGUUUUCUGUAGAUAAUGAAUUUUGAUAUUUGAUUGAAAAUUUAUUUUGGAUUUUCUUGUC